AUGAUCACGACGAAAUGGCUAGAUGUAGGUGUUGGUGUCCUCGAUUACUUUUUCGUGAUUGACCGUUUUCAGUGGUAUCGCGCGGAUUGGGAUUACGGGCAGACGACCAUCGCCUUCUUCUGCGCUGGUAUCGGGGCAGCGACUUUGCUGUACGCGACACUCGCCUCCGGGCGGUCAGUUCGACCAACAAUUCUCAACCGACUCGUCGCAGGCUGCCGCUACGCAUCCGCUCGUCAAUAUCGUGUUCAGUCGCUCGGAUGGUAUUCACCGCCCCUUGCUGCCAUCCUCGUUGUGGCGAGCAUGACCAUCUUCGUCUUCGCCCUUAUGCUUGCCGUCCGCCCCUACUACUGGCCGAACAUGGCCAUGGGGCAUAGCAUGCCCAUCGCGACCCGCAGCGGCUGGAUCGCCAUCGCCAUUAUGCCCUUCAUGAUUGUGUUCGCCACGAAAGUCAACUUCGUCGGGAUGCUCACGGGCGUAUCGCACGAGCGACUGCAGGUCUUCCAUCGGUGGUCGGCGGUGUUGAUGUACAUACCCUCUCUGGUGCACACCUUCCCCUUCAUCGUCAUGAACAUUCGAGAGGGCACAAUGGUCGAGAAUUGGGAGACGUCAGUGUUCUACUGGACUGGCGUCGCCGCGCUCGUCCCUCAGACGUACCUCGUAAUCUUGUCGUGGGGGAUCUUCCGCAACAAGUACUACGAGAUUUUCAAGAACGCUGCGGGAAUUUUCAUGGCCGCCCUCUUCGUUCACGUCAACUUCAGGCUGUCUUCAUGGGACUACUUCUUCGGAACCGCUGCCGCCUGGGCUCUCGCCUGGCUCAUCCGCUUCGCCCGCUCGGUCUACAACAGCGGCUUCACCGGCCUCCCCGCCACCCUCGACGUGCUCUCCGAACGCCAACCCGACAUCCUUAACACCGGUCUCGUGCGCGUGCGCAUCAACGCUCCUCGUCGGGUUCGCGCGGCCCCUGGCCAGCACGUCUUCCUCCGCUUCCUCGGCGCGGGGGUGCACUCGCUCACCAGUCAUCCGUUCACGAUUGCUGGUUUGCGAGAGGCGGACGGGUCGACUCUCCGCGAGUUGGAGGUCGUGUUCCGCGUCCAUGGCGGGACGACCGCGGCGUUGGCAGCUCGCGCCGCCGGGAAGGUCGGCCUCGGCAUGCGCGUGCUGGUCGAUGGGCCGUAUGGGGGUGUACAUGUGACGCUGGCGGCUUACAACCGGGUUCUGCUGCUAGCUGGAGGAAGCGGUGAGUGA